GGGCCUUCUUAAUUCCCUAUUUUUUGACCCUUAUAUUUGCUGGGGUCCCCUUGUUCCUGUUGGAAUGCUCCCUCGGUCAAUACACAUCAAUUGGAGGGCUUGGUGUGUGGAAACUGGCUCCUAUGUUUAAAGGUGUGGGCCUUGCAGCGGCUGUUCUGUCCUUCUGGCUCAACAUUUACUACAUUAUAAUCAUUGCUUGGGCCAUUUACUACCUGUACAACUCCUUCACCACUGAACUUCCAUGGAGCUCAUGUAACAAUGAAUGGAACACAGAGAGAUGUUAUACAAACUACAGCAUUGCAGACACCACCAAUCUCACCAGUGCAGUGGUGGAGUUUUGGGAGCGCAACAUGCAUCAAAUGACUGAUGGCUUGGAGAAACCAGGCCAGCUUCGAGUGCCACUGGCAAUAACGCUAGCUAUUGCCUGGGUCCUCGUGUACUUCUGUAUUUGGAAAGGGGUUGGCUGGACAGGAAAGGUCGUUUACUUCUCAGCCACAUAUCCUUACUUCAUGCUGUUUAUUCUCUUCAUCCGUGGGGUGACUCUACCUGGAGCUAGAGAAGGAAUUUUGUUCUAUAUCACCCCUGACUUUGAAAAGCUCAAAGAAUCUGAGGUAUGGCUCGAUGCAGCUACUCAGAUCUUUUUUUCCUACGGAUUGGGAUUGGGGUCACUUAUAGCUCUAGGCAGUUAUAACCCUUUCAAUAAUAAUGUUUACAGAGACUCCAUCAUUGUGUGCUGCAUCAACUCGUGUACCAGCAUGUUUGCUGGCUUUGUAAUCUUCUCCAUUGUUGGCUUCAUGUCACAUGUGACAAAGAGACCCAUCGCUGAUGUAGCAGCUUCAGGUCCUGGCUUAGCUUUUCUGGCCUAUCCGGAGGCUGUAACCCAAUUGCCCGUUUCCCCUCUCUGGGCCAUUCUGUUCUUCUCCAUGCUGCUCAUGCUGGGAAUAGACAGCCAGUUCUGCACUGUUGAAGGCUUCAUCACUGCUCUGGUGGAUGAGUUUCCCAGAGUUCUUAGAGGUAGACGAGAGCUCUUCAUCGCGGUUGUCUGUCUGGUGUCCUAUGUGAUUGGACUUUCAAACAUCACGCAGGGAGGAAUCUAUGUGUUCAAACUGUUCGACUACUACUCUGCCAGUGGAAUGUCCCUGCUGUUCUUGGUCUUCUUUGAAUGCAUCUCCAUAUCCUGGUGCUACGGUGUGAACAAGUUCUAUGACAACAUCCAGGAGAUGAUUGGCUACAAGCCUUGCAUAUGGUGGAAGUUGUGCUGGGUUGUAUUCACCCCUCUCAUUGUCGCAGGGGUGUUCUUGUUCAGCGCCGUACAAAUGGUUCCUCUCACAAUGGGAGACUAUGUGUUCCCAAGCUGGGGUCAGGGAGUAGGCUGGCUCAUGGCGCUGUCCUCCAUGAUUCUCAUACCAGGAUAUAUGAUCUACAUGUAUCUCGGGCUCAAGGGCACUUACAAAGAGCGACUUCGGAUAAUGCUUCAGCCCCCUGCAGUUGUCAGGCGACCUCAGGAAAAUGGACCGGAGCAGCAAGUGGAAACCAACACCGCUAACCUGUCCAGCCCUGCCAAUCCAACCAGUGCUGCCAGCCCAGCCAACCCGGCUCCUGCGAACACCGCCAGCCCCACCAGUCCAGCUCCUGUCAACUCAACCAGCCCAGUGACACCUGCUGCCCCUCCACCAGCUAAUCCAGCCAGCGCCUCUAGCCCUGUGAAUCCUGUGACAAGUCCUUCCACCACUAUCACCACCACCACCACUACCGCAACUGGUCCGGCUAACCCUCCCACCACAACAGUUAGCCCAACCAGCCCACCACCCAACCCAACUAGCCCACCAGAGCCCGUCAGCCCCCCGAACCCAACAAGCCCGACCUCUAACCUGACCAAUGCCGAGGCCAACGUGUAGACAACAAAGAAACCCUCAUGGAGCAUGUAGAAAAAAGAGAACAUUACAAAGGACUUCCAAGAUUAUAAUUGAUUCACCUACCUCCAGGGGCAAUAUGUGAUCAAAACCGAUUUUCAAACCAUGUUUAAUUUUUUUCUGCAUUUGUAAAACCAAGCCAACGAUGUCUUAUUGUUGGUUUGCAUUCCGAAAACAAUAUCAAAGACUGUUAGUGUCCACAAAUACAAGCAUAAUUCUGGGUAAAAAAAAAAAAUGUAAACAUACUGUGUAAUACUGUGAGAAAAGAAAAAAAAACUUAGAGAUAUAGAUUAGAGAUUUGUUGAAUAUCUUCAUGAAUCAAGUAAAUUCCGUGUGAAUAUAGUAGAUGAAGUAGUGAACAAAAUUGACAUCAUUGAAAAGUGCAAAGGAUGGCGUCAAUUUUCCUUUUUUUUUUUGUGGAUGUUUUCUAAACCUCACACAGUUGUCUCUUUUCCAAAUGUUGCUCUCUGUGAGGUAAAACAUGGCCACACGGCAAACGGGGAGCUCUGAGUAAGCACAAUGCCAAUAAGAAGUUCAUGUUAAGGAGCUCUGGAGCGAUCCAGUAUUUGUUGCAAAAGAUUAUGUGUGUGAGAGAGACUGUUAUUUUUCCUUCAUUUUUUCAGUGAAAAAAAGAGAGAAAACUUUUAUGUGAUCAAAACAUUUUUAGAAUUAUUUUUAGGAUGUUUUAUACUAUAUGUGUUGUGAUGGAGGACCAAAAUCAAUAGGCAGACAAAAGCAAAAACUAUGCCAUUAAGUAUUCGGUUGGUAAAGCACAGGGUACAAAGAAGUACAAUAAUAAUAAUAAUGAUGAUGAUAAUAAUAAAAAGCACAGGGUUCGAAAAGCGAUUUACAAACAUCGACUAUCCCUUAAUGCUGACAGUCAAUCCUGUUUACGUUUUGCAUGCUUUCCUCAGGAACAUCAGUGAAAUACUGCUGAGAUGUCUCCUGACAAACAAAAGAAGAGAAACAGAGUAGGCCUUAAGCCAGUACACCAAUUCCAACUAAGCCAUAGUCUGUUUACAUGACUGGGCAGAAGUACAAAAUAGCACUUUGUAUGCUAGCACAAAAAAAAACUGGACCAACUCUGUGUUUAAGUACAGUCAUGUUUUUUUUCUUUGUGUGUCUUGAUCAAAUAUAGUUUGAUCAAUAUGUAUUCAGCAAUACAUAUGUAGGUGUAUAAGCGCAGGCCAUUAAGCAAGUGGUCUGUUUCUCUUUUUGUUGAUGUUGUCUUUGCUUUACAACCGAAAAAGCAUAAGCUUUAAUUUUACCAGAGUUUUGCCAUGGUGUGUCAAGACAAUGUUAGUUUGCUUCUAUGGCAGCUACUAUGAAAGGCAUCUGGUUGAACAGCACAUGUUUACUUUGAAAAGCAAAACAACUGAGCGAAAAUGUGAAAUGGCUACAGUUCAUGUCCUGUGAAUUUUGUAUAAAGUUAAUCUACCACAGUUUUCUCUGGAAGUUUGUUGUAAAACUGUACUGUGUAAAACAUGUAACUGUGAAUGUCUGUAAUACAUUGGAAGUUAUUGUCUAAAUGUUGAAAAAACUGAGUUGCUGUUUUCUGCAAUAAUAUUUUGAUCACAGAAGCUAAAGCACAUAUCUUACAGAAAUAUACGAAAUGAUGAUGAUGAUGAUGAUGACAAUGAAGAUGCUGACGAUUAUAUUAAAAAUAGAACCUAUGUCUAGUAAAAAACAAUAUUGUUUUGUAUAUUUUUAACUGUCUCACUGCCUAAUGUAAAACAUAAUAUAAACAUGAUAUGUAUCUAAAUGGUGUCACAUGAUAAAGCACGAUUGUUAUGUUCUACAAACAGAAAAAGACUGAAAAAAUAAAGAGUUAUAGAAAAUAUAAA